AGCAAUGGCAAGAACCAAGCAGACCGCUCGUAAAUCUACUGGAGGCAAAGCCCCAAGGAAGCAGCUCGCUACUAAAGCCGCCCGUAAGAGCGCCCCGGCCACCGGUGGAGUGAAGAAGCCUCACCGUUACAGGCCCGGCACCGUGGCUCUGAGAGAGAUCCGCCGUUAUCAGAAAUCAACCGAGCUGCUGAUCCGCAAACUUCCCUUCCAGCGUCUGGUGAGAGAAAUCGCUCAGGACUUCAAGACGGAUCUGCGCUUCCAGAGCUCUGCCGUCAUGGCCCUGCAGGAGUCCAGUGAGGCUUACUUGGUCGGUCUGUUUGAGGACACCAACCUGUGCGCCAUCCACGCCAAGAGAGUCACCAUCAUGCCCAAAGACAUCCAGCUGGCCCGCCGUAUCCGCGGAGAGCGCGCAUAA